UUGCCGGUAUUAACUUGAAAAUGUCAUUGGCUUGCCUCAAGUACCGAGAUCUACUCUACCAGUCUACAGACCAUUCUACAGAGUGUCCUUUACUUUACAUUUCAUGUUAUGGGUGUACCACAAUUGUAUACUCGUAAUAUUAACCAUAUCUAGCCGCUUAAAGUGUGUUUGCUUUACUGCAAUCCUGGCUGGUGGAAAUACUUUGGAGGUUGCAAUGAGGCAAAUCUGUGACGGAUCUAACUUUACUGUGAAGACUCAACCAGGAUCAAGUUUCAGAAGAUUCCUCCAGAGCCACUUGAGUUCUUCAGAGAUACCAUAGACACAAUGAUCAUAAUAUCAACGAGGUGACGCAACAAUGAUUAGCAAAGAUGUCUUCAAGAUCCUUAUUCUUUGGUGACGAGUAAUAUUUUCCCUCUGUGAAUAAAAGCAAUGCAGAGUAUUUGCCGGAUUUGUCUCUCUACCAGUCGAAUAUGGACGAACUUGGAUAAUAUAUCUUCUUCAUCACUUUUAUUACAUUGAAAUGGAUGUACUCAGAGUGGUUCCCCGUGCCUACUGCCCAUUUGACCUAAUGAUCAUAUAAUAGUGGUUCCAUGUUUACUCGGGAAACACUGAUCAUUUCAAAUGUAAUUUAUUCAUUUUAACAUCCCAUGGUUAAGCAUCAUUCAUUUUAAUUUGCGAAAUUAUACAUGGGCCGCUGACAAAUCGUUUAAAUGCAAUGAGAACUUUUGAUUGACAGGAAAUUUGCAAAUGGAUUUUCGAGACCGAACUCCUCGAGUUGAGUACUAUCUUGACAAACUGAUCCUAUUCUAUGGAAUUUAUGUCCUAAUCGUACAUUCGACACUGUCAUCAUAAAUGACUGUCGUCAUUUCUGGAACUUUUUCUGUAAUUCACACUGGAUAACAUCCCUUUUCUGGCAUCGCAUUCCUAAUUGAAAAAUAUUAAUCUUAUCAUUGUUACUGCUGCCUCUAUGUGAAAGGAAACACGGACUUCUUAUAUCUUGGAUGUCACAGAUGCGUUAUUAGCUAGCAUACCAUGCAUACCCUGACAGUUAGAUGAGUAUGACACAGAAAUAUCAGCGAAGUCAUGAAACACUCCUAAAUUAAUCUUCAAAUUGAUAUUUCAAAGGUCAUAAUUGCAGAUUGCGGUAUCUCUUUCUUUCAAUGACUGUGGUAUUUUUAACAUGACUUUUAUUUUCAAAUUUACAAUACUGCAAUGAUGGGAAUAUCAAGCGCUCCCUUUUGAACAAAAUAACACCUGGUUGCCCAGGGUAGGCUGAAAUAAAUCAAUAAAAGUCUAGACCACUUCAUGCACCUGUCGCUGCUUACAUCGUUAUGCACAUCAGAAGCAUAUACAUUUGCCUCGCAAAAUGCCGAGAUUUUCUUAACAAUCAAUUACCAUUUUCACUCUCACUCGAUUGACAUGACAAUUGCCAGCGCAUUGCUGUGCCUUUCUAUUCGAGUUAUUGGAAGUCACAGCUGAAAAGAACAAUGACGAAAAUAUUCGAAGUUAUUCUGAGGCUUUUGUCUCGGCAUUUCGCCUUUCUGCGGAUAUAUCAGGCAUACCUGCAACGCUCGAAGAGGACAAUAUCCACUGAAAACCUUUUAGCGCCCAGAGAUUGUGAUUCAGAAACGUUUCAUCUCAAACGAAGGAGACACACUGACUGUGUGAUUAAGACAAGAGAAUAUCACUCAGCAGAGGUAUAUUGUCACAAUUCCAACAAGAGGAAAAAAUCAGUGGGACUACAGAGUGCUUUUAUUCUUAAAGGAGACAGUGAAUUUCAGAUGGAGGAGUCACUCAUGAAUUCAAAGUUUAGGAUCAUAACGCACCAGCAUGCGUCAAGGACAACAUACCACUGUGUCACGGAUAACAACAAUGAUACUGUGUCAGUGAGGCCACGGGAUCUUCUUACGGACGACUUUCAUGUGGAAGGUUUGAUUGGCAGUGGCGGGUUUGGAUCAGUGUUUGUCGGGAAGUACUGCGGUCAACGAGUGGCCGUCAAGGUACUGCGCCCACGAAGGACAAAUGCCGAAGCGAUGCUUCAGAGCUUUCGCGCGGAAGUCAAUGCCCUGUACUUAAAGCACGAGAACAUCGUCAACGUGCUAGCCACAAGUGCCGUCGAAGACUUCGACGCUGGUGCUUUUAUCAUCAUGGAGUACGCGGGGAAGCGGAACCUUCAACAACUGAUCAACGAAACAUCAGAGAGGUUGCCGCUGGCACGCCGUUCGAAUUUCGCUCUUCACAUUAUCCGUGCCUUGCAAUAUACCCACGCACAUAACAUUGCUCACUUGGACGUCAAGCCAGCGAAUGUCAUUGUCGACGAUUAUGAUGUUUGUCGCCUAUGUGAUUAUGGCUGUUCUCAACAAGUCUUUGGCUCGAAUGGCAAAGGUCUCAGAAGCCCUACAAAUCGAUCCUACCUAACCGGUACCUGCGGAUAUCGUGCGCCGGAGCUGUUGUGCGGUGACGCGCCUACGACCAAAGCCGAUAUCUAUUCGUUUGGGAUCACACUUUGGCAGAUGUUAACGCGAGAGACGCCGUACGCAGGGGAGAAUCAUCAUGUUGUCAUCUUCGGGGUCGUCGCCAAGGACAAGCGACCAAAGUUACCCGACAACGAGAACGAGAUAGAAAACGACUGGUAUCGCCGUCUUAUCACGAAGGCUUGGCCGAAACAACCCGAAGACCGACCGACUGCAAGGGAGAUCAUGAGAGAGCUGGAAAUGCGACUCGGUGUCGAUGACGUCGCUUGAACGACCGUGCCGACGACCGAACUCCCAUCUAACUGCUGACUAUCACUGUUAGCUAAUUGAUGGUUGAAGUUUGGGAAUUUCAGAGCAAGAUUUCAUUUCGCACCUGACAUCAUUGACCUGCCCUCUUUGGCCAGUGGCAGUCACGUUGGAUGACAUUCCAUUGAUCUCAUCGAUGCCGUCAACCUCGAGUUGGUUCUGCAAAAUAUAAUUUGUUGUACAAUGAUUGUAGACCAUUCUGACCUCGAGGUCAGCUUUUUUAUACAAAUAAUGUAAGCUCAGUUAUUGCAAUUUAUGUGUCACAUUGUACUUUGAUGACAUAAUAAGGUCUCCAUAAUCAUGAUUAAUAGUCUGAUUUUGUUAACUUAAUUUGUAUUUAACAAUAUUACACGUUGUUUUAUUUUAAAUCCUUCUGUAAUAAUUUUGAUAUUGUAUUUUAAUUGACUGCCAGUGUUGAAAUACUCCCUAUGGAGUUAUUGUUAUCGUCGAUCUUUAUGGCAACUUUAUGAUGACUAAAGCAUGUGGCUUGAGAUCUGCAUAGAUCCAUGACAUCAUACAAAAAUUACUUGGUACAUAAAAGGCAAGUCCGGGGGUAACCAGUCCGGGUGUAUCUAUUUCAUGGAUUUGAUGAAGAUGAAUAAAGUUAUGACGUCAUAAUUAGGUUAGUUUGAUCAAUUUGUAAUGAGUAUGUGUUCCAAUCAAUGGUGAUAGUGAGGAAUGAUACGAACUGUCUCUCGUAGAAUUCAAUAUCCUCAAGGGGUGAUCAUUGAAUUAUCAAAGGAAUUCGAUCCACUCAUGCAAGGUUUGGAGUGCAAUAUUGUCAUCUUGUAAUUUUUACAUAUUCAUGAUUUAACUGCAUGGUAGAUACUUUUCAUACAUGUUGGGCAGGGACCCACGAGAAUGACUAUAUCAACAGUCUAUAUCAAUCGGAAAAAUCGUGAUAUAAUUGAAACAGUUCAAACACAAUUCCAGUCUAAGCAAUAUGAAUGCAGUCUUCCUACCCUACUAAAAGACAAUAUCUCUCGAGUAUUUGUUAAUGGUAAUUUAUCGUCUUCCAUAUAUGGGCUAUCGGUUGCUUAGUUAUGUUUUCAAAUUUGCAGACGCAAUGAUUGGCUCUUCCGCAGAUAACAUUUUGUGCAUUGUGAUCCAAAUGGUAUUCCACUCGGGCACCUGACUGCUUAUUCUUCUAUUAAAAUCUAAUUCUCCCCAAAUCAAUCCUACUUACCUUUUUAUGCUUAGUAAAAAUAUUUUUUUGUAUCAAUCGAGCUUUUCAUUGCAAAUCACUUUAUCAUAUUUAUUUGAACUUUUGAAUAGGCCUAUAGCCAGAUUAAGUGGAUGACGUCAAUCUAUGCAAUAUUUGAAUCAUUUCCACUAAAUUCCACCCCUUAUCGAAGAAAAUGAAUUAAAAUAUAAUACUAUAAAUUAAUGAUAUUCAACAUACCAGAAGUAACUAUGCACAGUUUAAAACGAGUUUCCAUCGGGAUAAGAAAAUAUCAGCUCUGCUUGAAUUUGGGUUACUGAGCUAGUUCCCAAGGUCUUGUGUAAACAAAUCAAUUUCUCGAUUUGCAUGAUAUCGUGUGAAGCAAUCAAUCAUUUUUUAUUUAUUUUUUAUUAAUUUCCAAAAUAUCUUUUUACCAUGAAGUGUUGUUUUCAAAGACGCCUACACGGUCGUUUGUAUACCAUAUGUGUAUAUCUUUUUAAACAGGAAAUGAAAGAAAAAAUCGGAAAAAAUAUACAUUGUGAUCAUAUUUUUGUAACCGUUAAUCAUGUCAUGAUUGUUGAUCUAAUGUUUAAGUUUGUAGGGAACGAAAAUGUUCGUUUUAACUUUGUUCAAAUCUCGUCAUAAUCAUGAGAAUAGCUAGAGGAAGAAGGUAUAGAUUUGGAAGUGUUAGAUGGUCGUUUGGAUGUUAAUUUAUAGGACAAGUAUAAUAGGAAUCCUAAUUCAUCAAUUGGCAACUUUUUGCGAGGCAUAUAAACUAUUACAUAAUUAAGAGAAAGCACCUAGAAGUCUGACAUUCACAUAACUCAUUCUUUUUUAUUAUUUCUCAGACUUGAUCUUAAUGAACUUCAAGUUUUAUCUCGGAUGGGCUCUCCCGCUUGACCGAACAUUGUCGUAGUUCACGUUUUAAUUUUUACUCCCCGGUUGCUCAUACUGGCAUAAUUAUCUCAGGUCCACUUUACGACUCAAAAUAAAUCCUUGAAAGGUUCACACUUGAAGGAGCAAAGUUUCAAUAAUUGUGGACUUAUAUCAAUUGGGAGUGAAUGUUUAUAAUUUCAACUCUUGACUUCAGUCAUCAGUCCAGCUUGAUUGAUCAUUGGGUCAUUCUAAAAAGAGUGAAUAUAUAUUCUUUUCAGUUCCAAGUUUAAUCAAAAUUUACUCCCACUACACUUUUGGCACACUUUAUCUUUUUUUUUUAUUAAAGAAAAGAUUAACUCUGAAUUCGUUAACAUCUAAAAGAAAGACUUGUUGACUUCACACGACAUGUUUUAAUUGCCGUCAUUAUAGGGAGUUGGAUGGCGGGUGAUGGUGUUAAGCGACGAGUUUCUUUUGUUCACGCCGGUUCAACUUAAAAACCAUUAAAAAUACCCUUUUUAAUAUCAGUUCUGUUGAAAGUUAUAGGCUAUUAUGCCUACCACAGUCAAACAAGAAGUUGUUCCCUCACAUCAGCUAUAAAUGAUAUUCUUGCUUAACUGCAAUUUCUCAGUGUUCAGUUAAUAUAUUUUAUUUUGAUCAUUGAUACUUCUAUAUCACUGACCGAUAUUGACUAUGCGGAAAGUAAUGUUGAAUACAAUCUUGAAUCCAAUACAAAAUUGAAAUAAGCAGCAACAAAAACGCUGGCUAAUCGGUAUUUUCAUCACAAACUCGUUUGUUUACGUUAGCACGGUAUUUCAUAUUCAAACUGGUAUUUAACUUGAUUCUUUCUAAUUAAUGUACAGUGUUUUGCAGUGUGUCAAUACAAACAAAUUGUCCGUUACUUGUCUAUACCAUUUUCUUCGUGUCAUUAUUCAACCUGUGUUUCAGGUCAUGUUGGACACCAUGAUUAUGGAUUGUAUGGUUCGUUAGUAAUUGUAGAGAUUGUGACCAUGCCAUAUCAUUUUUAGCAGCUAUUCAUACCUUGUUCAUAGUAGACAUUAAAUUCAAUCUGUAUGGACACACCCAGUGCAUAUACUAUACACGUGAACCGAAAGAAUGAACACAUGCAAAAUAAUGUAAACGCGACUUUAAUAUGCAUGUAACCUCUAAAACGGAUCGUUGCUGGUAGUAUCGGGUUCUGGUUCGAGUAUUUUCAGAGAAACACUGUCAGAGAGUAGCUUGUCUGUCGAUAAUGAAUUGAAGAAAGGAGAGGGCAUGUUAAAAUAGGCCUAGGCGUGGGACCCGGGCGUGGGAGUAUAUUGUAUGAAACAGAAUAGGCACCAUUGCGUGGGCGAGUACGAAGGCUACACAAAUCGAUCUGCUUUGAAUAAAAAAAUGAUUGUAUAAAACUAAAAGGUUUGGGUGUUUUGUAAAUUUGCAAUUUCAUUAACUCAGUUCUGACAAAAAAAUUAUUAGUAUUAACAAACACUUUUAAUGGUACGUGCUAUAUUCACGAGGUAACGGUGCCUUCGAGUUGAAUAUUGUUAAUUGCAAUUUUGGGGUGUCUGUAUACUUCACUCCAGCGCCACGCCUUGCAAAGUUUUGCGUUUGAUCAUAUCAACAAAACUAUCAAUAGCACGCACAGCACCAUUACCAAUCAUUACCGUUAAUUAUACAUUUUUAAAAUAUAAUUUUACAGGGUAACCGUGCAUAUAUAAAAGCAACAAGAACUAAUCAAUAUUUCAAUUUCAUUGUUUCCAAAUGCAAAGUGCAUUUUCUGACGGAAAAAAAAUAAAGCUUAUUGGUUAUCCAUAGAAGGUAUUGAUCACUCGCAAUUCUUUGUGAAAACGGGGCCUGCGGGCACUGAUCUAUACGGAUAUCAGAACAGAUCAGUCAGUAUUCCCUGGUCAAACACCUGUCUUGUUCAUAUGUCAACAAAAUCAUGGUUAUGAUUAAUUGAUUAUUAUAAUAAUUUUAUAAUUGUAAGUUACCUGGGCAAUGGCCUAUUUAUAAUUCCCAAUGCAAUAUUGUCAAAACAAUCUAGGGAAAAAUAUUUUUUAUACGUAAACUGGAAUAUCAUCGUUUGAUUAAAAUGAAGGAUAUAAUCUAAUUUGGCAAAAUAUUCCGAGACAUGAUUAACGGGCCUAUUAACUCUUU